UUGCGAGCGGCCUGCACACGCCCCUUGCACGAUGUACUUGCUCUUGCUCGUGUUCCUCCUCCUCACCUCGGUGAUGGCCCAAGACGCCAUCUGCGCCGACAAGUUCGACGAGUGCAACUGGCCGCGCGCUGCGUGCUGCAAGGACCCAGGCUUUGUCUGCACCAAGAAGAGCGACAGCUUCUCAUUGUGCGAGCCCAAGCCCAGUGCGCAGCAAUGCGCCGCGAACUUUAGCCAGUGCAACGGGCAGGACUGGCCGUUUGGUAUCUGCUGCAAGGACAAGCGCUUCGCAUGCACCUACUACAGCGAACAGCUCUCGCUCUGCGAGCCCAAGCUGGUGGCCACGACGGCAGACAGCGAGCAGUGCGCCGAGAAGUACAGUCAGUGCGACGGCCAGUAUUGGUCGCUAGGUGUCUGCUGCAAGGACCCGGGCUUUGCGUGCACGAAGAAGACCGCGUACAUCUGGCUGUGCGAGCCCGUCGGGCGCAGCGCCUUGGCUCAAUGCGGCGGCGAGAAUUACUCGGGCAAGACGACGUGCAAGAAGGGGUCGACUUGCGCCAAGGUGCAUGACGCGUACUACCACUGCCAGCCGACGCCCGCACGACGUUUGCGAUAGCAUUCGGCAUCGACAUCGCCACGCCAACAAGGCGCCUUGUCGCUCUCACAGUGCAUUUUCCUUGGGCGAAAUCUUGAUUUAUGUUUGAAACCUGAAGUUUUCGUGAAUUGGAAGCACUUGUUCAAUCCAACCACCUUCAACUCGGC